AUGAUAUUGCUAAAAUCUGCGGCCCUGCAAAGGCUUGCAGGCCCAAGAUUAGGAGUACAUUGUACUUUGCGCCCGGGUAAAGCUGCAAUCUUGUGCCCGUGGACUGCUACUCGCGCGCUACGCUCGAUAUCAACAUGGAGAGCUUUACAAUCGGAGUUGGACGAACAGACCGGAGAGAAGGUACAUAUCAAAGAUUUGGAAGCGCAGGAUCCGCUGAUCAUUAUUGAGACUGAAGCCGCUCGCCUCCGUGACGAAAAAGAAGCUCAACAGAAUGCGGAAAUCGAAGCCUACACUGAUAUUCGAGAAUACCUUAGGAAUUGGCAGAAUACCAAUCCACCUACCCUGGACCCAUUUCAGGAACCAGGUGCACUCAUAGAUGGAGCCCAGGCUGGUGGCAUGCUCAAUGGUCGAGAGGCAAGCGAUUCUGUCUGGAAUACCACGUUGAUGAACAACCAAGAAGACCUUGAUUACUCGGAAGAAUCCCAAGGCGAACAUCUCCAAUCUGGUGAUUUGGUGGCUCGACUCUCCUCAGACGGCACCUUCAGCUUUGCAAUCUAUGUGCAAUCCGUUUACAGACAGAAGCAAUUUUAUAUCUCCAAGGGAAAUUGGCGUGUUUGCUCCCCAGGUGAAAUCGACUAUGUCAUCAAGGAGUUCGCUCCUUUGGAAUUACUCGAGCCGAUCAAACCAUAUUUCCCCACCAGUUUGACCCAUGUCAUACCAGAAAUUCAAACUAUCCCGGAAGGCGGACUUCCCAGGCCUCUUGGAGCACCUCUUUUGUCGAUGAUGACCAAUCUCCAUGGUCAUAUCUUGGAUUUCUAUCAAAAACACUCUGAGUCACUUGAUAACAUUUAUGAUAUGGUUGCCGAUACUUCUGAAUUUCUUCGCUUGACCCUAGAAGAAAUGGCCAUGACAGUUUUGAGCAUCGACGAGUCAGAGCUCAAUAGUGUCAAUCUCUUUGCGGUGCACCAAGCUAUCCGGCGAUAUCCAUUCCUCAUAGAAAAGUCGUCAACCUCUUUGAUCUGCUAUACUUAUCUAAUACAACCGAAGAGAGUCGCCAAAGUAAUCAAUCAAGUCACUGAUUGGGCUCGCGAGCAUCAAGAGAUCUGUGUGAAGGCGGCCUCGAGAAAGAAAGGGGACAAUUUACAGACGAACCACCCAAUGCAAAAAUUUAUUGCUAAAUCACAACGAUUGAUCCACCGUAGCCGAAAGCUUCGAUCGCCCACAAUCAUGUCCAGUCUUGGCCCCUCAUCCCAAAGAUUUUCACCUGGACAGGAUGGCAAGCCAAUGGUGUUCCGCGAGGUUUUGACUGAAACCUUUACCCCUGAUGACCAAAUCAUUAUCGAGUAUCUACAGCUUUAUGCUAUCCCAUCCGUCAUAAUGCCGUCUGGCACUUUGAAAUCGACAGCUUCACAUAUCAUGCGGGCGACAGGCAUGUAUAACAGUCUCGGACUCAGUAGCGCAUCGUCUCGACUGUUCCUGCAGGAGUUGGGCGUCGUAUCUCCGUGGGAAAAUCUUGCUCUUCUUGAUCAAACUCUGUUGCUCCCCGGACAUGGGAUGUCUCUUAUGGAAGAUAUGAGGUGGGAAGAAAACGAGGAAGCCUGUUCAAAACUUGAAUCCAUGAACGACUCGAUGCAAGAUCUCCGAAAGGACUGGGGAGAUCUGCCGGUCUACUGUGUCGACGAUAUUACAGCCCAAGAAAUUGACGACGGUGUCUCGCUAGAACGUAUUCCAGGCUCAGACGAUAUAUUCUGGGUGCACAUUCACGUUGCAAAUCCGACGGCCUUCUUAGCCCACGAUCAUCCUAUUAUGGAGUAUGCCGGCUCCAGACUCCUGACUACCUAUACUCCGGAACGCACAUACCCCAUCUUCCCAAAAUCUUUCACCCAGAAUCAUUUCAGUUUAUCCCCAGGUCGACCCACUCUCACAUUCAGUGCAAAGAUGAACCUUCAAGGAGAGGUCUUAGACACGGAAGUCGCAAAUGGUACCAUUAGAAAUGUAAUCAGUGUCACACAUCGCACUGUACAAGAAUUCUUGAGUCAGAACGCGGAUAAACCUACGAGUUUCCUCGUCGUGGGAGGUCCUCCUUCAGCUGCUUCUGACAGCACAGUCUUUCGUGAGGAGCUCACCCCAGAAGAUAAGGAUACUUUUACCAUCUUGCGUCAACUUAUGCUCGGGUUCCGCAGUCAGCGUCAGAAGAAUGGUGCUAUAGACUUACCGGCCCAGCCUAAUACCUCGCUCUCUGUUCAGCUAGGCUUAAUUCCUGCGAAGCCCUACGAUCUGCAAGUCACCGAAGGCCGACACUACAUCGGUGACCCACGUAUCGAACUCCGUAUGCAGGACUUUGAUCCGCACGAAGUCCGAGACGAGUCAAAGAACUACCUGAUCUCGUUGUUGAUGAACCUUGCCGGCCACGUCGCUGGCCAGUUCUGUGCUACCCGAAACAUCCCUGUGGUUUAUAAUGGAACCUGGUACGAUCCUGAAUACUCUCGUCUCACAUCCCAAAAUAUACAUCAGUUCGGUGGACAGGGAUUUUAUCACCUCGGCAUGCCAAAGGCCUUUGCCUCAACCGAGCCUCUUCAACACCACAUCCUCGGGCUUGAUUCAUAUAUCAAAAGUACCAGUCCGCUACGCCGGUGGAACGAUGUCAUAGCCCACUACCAAAUCGAAGCAGCGCUACGGUUUGAAGCCGAGUAUGGACGCCGCUUCGAUGUCAAUACAGACUCCCCAGGUUCCACGUAUGAAGAUAUUCCAGAGACAACAGAGUUUGAAGAAGAGUCUCAACCAGCAACCUCUCUACUCCCGUUCUCCAGGGCUGACCUAGACGACCACAUCACCUACUCCCAACCCAUUCAAACCCGCCUCAAUCAAAUUUCAAAAUACUCCACCCAACACUGGGCUUGCAUGCUCCUCCUCCGCGCCUUUUAUUUUGGUGAAUGUCCCCUCCCCGAGACUUUCCAAUGUUUCCUACGAUCACAGCGCCAUGGUUCUGAUAUUUUGGACACUACUUAUUCAGGAGUCAUCACCAGUCUUGGUGUGAACUGUGUUGUCGUUAUACCCGAAAGCUGUCCAGAUAAAGACCGGAUGGAUGUCUUUGGCGUUGUGGAGGCAACUAUUACUGCUGUCGAUAUGGCCACCUUGGAGGUAAAGAUGAAGGCUACAAAGUUGGUUAAGCUAUUCGAACGGACAGGUGAAUGGGCUUAA